AUGGUCGCCCCGGCCGUAACGGGAGGGAACUCGACUGGUGGUCAGUCUCCCGCAAGCCACCAACCGCCUCGGUCCUCCAGUACCCAUCCUUCGCAUUCGCACAAUGUCCCCUUGAGCGCUCGAAGAUCCGCCCCCCUCGAUCUCUCCACCGUUGAACGACGAGGCCAACCCAAUGCCCCUCGAGAACUCGGCAAACGCAUUCGUCCCCAUGGUCUGCAGGAGGCCCCCACGUUUCGUCCUACCGAGGAGGAGUUCAAGGAUCCCGAGCAAUACAUUCGCAAGAUCGCCCCCGAGGGCAGGAAUUUUGGCAUCUGCCGGAUCAUCCCACCGGAAAACUGGCAGCCCCCCUUUGCCAUUGACACGGAGCGAUUCCACUUCAAGACCCGUCGUCAAGAGCUCAACUCGGUGGAAGGAGGUAUGCCCCCGUUUUCGGCGCGGUUUGCGGCCGGUGAUCCUUCCCUGCCCGGUUCUGACCUGGUUCCAGGCACUCGUGCGAACCUGAACUACCUCGACCAGCUCGCCAAGUUUCACAAGCAGCAUGGUACCAAUCUCAACCGCUUCCCCUCCGUCGACAAGCGCCCCUUGGAUCUCUACAAAUUGAAAAAGGCCGUCGAGGUGCGCGGCGGCUUCGAUGCCGUCUGCAAGACCAAGAAGUGGGCGGAGAUUGGUCGGGACUUGGGCUACAGUGGCAAGAUCAUGUCGUCCCUGUCCACCUCCCUCAAGAACUCCUACCAACGGUGGCUUCAGCCCUACGAGGAGUACUUGCGCGUGGCGAAGCCCGGCGUCCAACAGCAGCUGGAGCUGGAGCAUGGUGGCCCCUAUACCCCGUCCCCCAAUCCCUCCCCCGUGGCCAAGAAGCCGCUCCUCCUCGACCACACCGCCCAGCCUCCCUUGCCCCAACCCGCGUUGAGCCUCCCGAAGCCCGAGGUCGAGGCCACCCCGGAUCGCCCGGCGCUCCCCCCGGUCGAGCCCACGCCCCCGCCGCGUCCCGUCGCCUCGGGGUUCACCCCGGUCAAUGCCAGUUCGGGCUUCACGGCCGUCAACCGCUCGCCCUCCUUCAUGGCCGUCAACAACGGACCCCCGGUGAAGCGCGAGGCCGAGAAUGGCUCCCUGACCCCCAAAAGUCUCGCUGACCAUCCUCCGAGCGCCACUCCCGUCUCCAAUGGCCAUGGGCCGCUGCCGGUGAAGCGUGCCAUCAGCCACGACAGCAGUUCCCAGCCCGAGAAUGGAGAUGAUCCAAAUGGGCGGCGGAGCAAACGGUUACGUAAGGAUGUACCCCCUACCGUCGCCGGUUCGCAUAUGAGUUUACUCCGCCCCGCCCCACCCCGGGCGCGCAAAUGUGAUAGCCAACCCCCCGGUGAGAAAUGUGAGGUGUGCGGCAAGGCCGAAGAUCGGGCCUCGAUUCUCGUCUGCGACAGCUGCGAUAACGGUUUCCAUAAGUACUGCCUCGAUCCCCCCCUGACCGCCGUUCCCGAGUAUGACUGGCAUUGUCCCAAGUGCCUCGUCGGUACCGGCGAGUUUGGCUUUGAGGAAGGAGGCGUCUACUCGCUCAAGCAGUUCCAGGAGAAGGCUAGCCACUUCAAGAAGAACUACUUCGCGUCCAAGAUGCCCUUCGACCCCGUCCUCAACACGCACCGCCGCGAGUCCGAGGAUGACGUUGAGCGCGAGUUUUGGCGACUGGUCGAGAGCCUGACCGAGACCGUCGAGGUCGAGUACGGCGCUGACAUCCACUCCACCACCCACGGCAGUGGCUUCCCCACCCUGGAGCGCAACCCGUUGGACCCGUAUUCGCACGACGGCUGGAAUCUGAAUGUCCUCCCCUUCUACGGGGAUUCGUUGUUCCGCUACAUCAAGACCGAUAUCUCGGGCAUGACCGUCCCCUGGGUCUACGUGGGCAUGUGCUUCUCGACCUUCUGCUGGCACAACGAAGACCAUUACGCCUACUCGGCCAACUACCAACAUUUCGGCGCCACCAAGACCUGGUACGGCAUCCCGGGGGAGGACGCGGAAGCCUUUGAGGAGGCCAUGCGCCAGGCUGUCCCGGAACUUUUCGAGGGCCAGCCCGACCUGCUCUUCCAGCUCGUCACCCUGAUGCCGCCGGAUCAGCUGCGGAAGGCCGGCGUCAGGGUCUACGCCUUGGACCAGCGGGCCGGCGAGUUCGUCGUCACCUUCCCGCAGGCGUACCACGCCGGGUUCAACCACGGGUUCAACUUCAACGAAGCGGUCAACUUCGCCCCCCCUGACUGGGAGCCGUGGGGCGCGAUGGGCGUUGAACGCCUCCAGGCGUUCCGGCGGCACCCGUGCUUCUCGCACGACGAGUUGCUCAUGACUGCCGCCACCAAGAGCGAGCUCGACAUCAAGACCGCUAAGUGGCUCGCGCCCGCCCUCCAGAGGACCUGUGCCCGCGAGCUGGCGGAGCGGACGUCCCUGAUUGCGCGCCACCGCGAGAUCGCCCCGCACGCCUGCGUCCUGGGGUCGGACGAUCCGACAGCCCGGGGUGACUGCCAGCUGCGGUGCCUCGUCGAGGAGGAGGAUCUCCCCGAGGAGGAUUAUCAGUGCGCGUUUUGCAAGGCUUACACUUACCUCACACAGUUUCGCUGCCACCGGACCGGGAAGACUGUGUGCAUGAUCCACGUGGAUACGUAUGAUUGCUGCGGAGAGCCCCUUGCCCAGCGACUACUCGGCCCGGAUCACACGCUUCGGUACCGGAUUGGGGACCACGCCUUCCAGGCCCUGGUGCAGAAAGUCGUGGAGCGCGCCCGCGUGCCAGAGGCAUGGGGCGAGAAGCUCGACAAGACUCUGGAGAAUGAGCCCAAGCCCCAGUUGAAGGUCCUUCAUAGCCUGCUAAAUGAAGGUGAGAAAAUCCCAUACCACCUGCCCGGUCUCCAAGAUCUUGCGGCAUUCGUCCAGCGCUGCGAUAAAUGGGUUGAAGAAGCAACCAACUACAUCACCCGGAAACAGCAGAACCGGAGGAAGAACGAGAAGGCUUGGCGCCGAAGUACUUCUAAGGCCGCGCAGCUGGAAGAACGAGAUCGGGAAAUCCGCAGAGUAGAGAACAUCUACGCCCUUCUUACAGAGGCUGAUAAACUGUCGUUCGACUGUCCACAGAUGGCGGCUCUGGAAGAGAAGACCCGCGAGAUCGAGAAAUUCCGCCAGGACGUUAACGCUGCCCUCAUGAACCCCCACGUCCGAUCGAUCCCGGAAGUGGAGGAGCUGGUGGAGUCCGCCCGCAAUUUCAACGUGGACGUCCCCGAGGUCGAGGGCCUCGAGCACCUACUCCGGCAGAUGCGGUGGAACGACGGGGCGCGCCUCCGGCGGGACCGCCCUUUAACCCUCCAGGAAUGCCAGGAGCUCAUCCGGACCGGGGAUCAACUCGGACUGUCGCCCACCAACGAGCACCUGCUGCACUUCAAAGACCUGCACCGCCACGGCGAGGCCUGGGAGGCCAAGGCCAAGGAGCUCAUGUCCGUCGAGGCCGUGCACUACCAGCAGCUCGAGGCUCUGUCGGCGCAGUCCGCCCGGUUUCCCGUGUCGCCCGACACGCUCGCCGCGGUGGACGCCAUCUUGAUCAAGCAGCGGGAGGCCCAGAAGCAGAUCCAGACCCUAUAUGACAAGAGCCGGGAUCCGGAUCUCCGCAAGCGGCCCCUCUAUAAGGAUGUCCGGGAGCUCAUGGAAUCGUUGGAGGGGUUGAAUAGCCGGCCCACGGGGGCCAUCGACCUCGAGAGGGAACAGAAACGUCACGAAGACUGGAUGCGGAAGGGGAAGAAGCUGUUCGGAAAGGCCAACGCCCCGCUGCACAUCUUAAAGUCCCACAUGGAGUAUGUGGAGAAGAGGAACUCGUACUGUUUUGACCUGGAGGAUCGGUACCGACCGCCCGUGGAGCCCGCCUCCCGCGACAAUACCCCGGAGGGUCUGUUGGAUAACCCCACGACUGCCAGCAUGUGGGGCGGGGGGAAGUCCCGAAAACGCGAUGUUUUUUGCAUUUGCCGACAUUCCGAGGCAGGCAUGAUGAUCGAGUGUGAAGUCUGUCACGAAUGGUACCACGGCAAGUGUCUGAAAAUCGCCCGCGGCAAAGUCAAAGAAUUCGACAAAUAUACCUGUCCCAUCUGCGAUUGGCGGCAAAAGAUCCCUCGCGAUGCAGCGCGUCCCAAGAUUGAGGACCUGCAGGAGUGGCAGGCCGAAGUGCCCGGCCUGCCGUUUCAGCCCGAUGAGGAAGAGAUCCUGGAGAACAUUGUCAGCAAGGCUCUGGCAUUCCGAGAUUUUCUCCAGGGCUUCACAAAUGCGGCUUGCACCACGACGGAGGAAGUGCCGACGCUGAUCUUCUAUCUGCGCAAGAUCGAAGGCGCCGAGGUUCUGCUUGCCUACGAGACGAACUUUUUCCGACAGGAGAUCCACAAGUGGGCGCCCGUGGCGCCAAAUGCGCCGCCGAUCUUGAAGGAAUCUCUGUCCACGCGGAAGCCGCGUCCCACCAAGCAGCAGAAGAUCAUGGCGCAGCUGGGCGUCGAGCGGCCGGAGGAUCUUCCGCCCCAUCUGCGCACCAAGCCGAGUCACGUCCGUAACAAGUCCAUGGAUUCUCAGAGCGGUCGGUCUUCCCAUGUUCAACCAAACACGCCGACUCCCGGGGAUGGCAACAAUUCCGACUCGAACCGCGGUGGUCCGACGCUGACGCCGAUGAGUGACGCUCCCCAGUCGACAUAUCCGUUCUCUGCCAACUAUUCCCUCCCCGAGAACGAGUCCACGCCCGCCUUCGCCCCAGGCUCCUCGGCCUUCUUACCCCAGCCCCAUUCGCCCUCCUUUCCAGCCCGUUCCCCGUCUCCCCACCAGGGAUUGAACCCGUCCCUCUUCAGUCCGCGUCCAUUCAGCCGGGAUGCAGCCGAUCGGCCGGCCGGAGUGGACGUAGGCAACUCCAACCCUUUCGGGAGCAGCCCACGGCAGGACCUGGAUGAUGUCUUCGCCGAUCUGACGAAUCAGGACAUUGAACCCGAUCCUGAACCAGAGCCUGAGCCCAUGGAAAAUACACACGCCAACGAAGCUUUGGAGGUGCUCGAUGCGGGCAAUGGCGGAGAUUAUUCCGAUUCUAUCGACGAAUCGCCGGACGAGAAAGCCAACGGCGAGACCAACGGCGAGACCAACGGCGAGACCAACGGAGAGAUCAACGGAGAAACCAACGGAGAAACCAACGACCAGGCCGAGACGGCCGAGACGGGCGAAGUGAAUCCCCCUCCAACGCAGCGGUGA